CGUUGUUGGCUUCCUGCGCCGAUUAUGACAGCAAUGGGGGACAGUUAUUCGACAACACCGAUGGGCAUGAUGUUGACUGUCCUGAAGACGACCCGUUCCGCGUGGAUAUCGUGGUCCCAACCUCUCCUUACGAAGUCAAGUUGCCCAUUCCCAAAGCCGAGGCUGCGAACGCGUAUACAGUGC